GUGAGGAGAUGAAGCGAGCAGCUCAAACUGGGGAUAUUGAUGCCUUCUACAAAAUCAUUGAAGAUAACCCAUCAAUUCUUAAACAGAUUGAUGCGUUAGAAUUUGUAGAAACCCCUUUGCACACAGCUGCAUCUUUUGGGCAGACUGAUUUUGCCAUUGAAAUGCUGAGCUUAAUGCCUUCUUUCGGAAGGAAGCUGGACCCCAGGGGAUAUAGCCCUCUGCAUCUAGCACUGAGUAAUGAACAGGAAGACACUGUGAAGCUGCUCAUAAGAUAUGAUCCUAAACUCAUUCAAGUCAGAAGCAGGGAGAGGAUAACGCCGCUGCAUUAUGUAGCUGCUCAAACUGACAAUGUGGAUCUUCUCAGCGAGUUUCUCCUAGCUUGCCCCACCGCCAUCAAGGAAGUGACCAUUCGAGGAGAAACAGCUGUGCAUCUCGCUGUGUCAAGAAACAAGUUUCCGGCUUUUAAAGUUCUAAUGGGUUGGCUCUACCGGACUGGCAACAAAAAAAUAUUGGACUGGAAAGAUAACGAGGGAUCCACAGUGUUGCACAUUGCUGCAGAAACAGGUCAAGUUGAGGUUGUAAAGAUUUUAGCAAAGGAACUAGUGCGUCUUAAUAUUAGGAAUCGGUAUGAUAUGACAGCUCUUGCUAUUGUUGAGGAGCGAAUAACAUAUUCACAGAAUCAUUCAGCUUUCAGUGUUGAUUCGAACCAAGAAUAUGUGAAUAUUCAGAAAAUAUUGCAUAAAGUUGGUGCCAUGAAGACAUCAGACCUUCCUAAGAACUUUAAAAUGGCGGAUCUUCUUCAAGAAAUUCCACGUUUCAUUGACCUCGCCAACGUAAUCCGAUCACAAGCAGCAGUAAUUGUGGAUUCGCGUAAAGGAUUAACAGAGGAUGUGCGAAAUGCAUACCUGGUAGUUACUAUUCUACUUGUAACAGCUAGUUUUCAAGCUGUUCUCAGUCCUCCAGGUGGCGGUUGGGAAAGGAAAGACGACGACACUAAUAACAAUAAUACGUCUCUGGUUAUGCCUGCCAACACAACCAAUUCCUCAAUCCAGAGACAUUCAUUUCCAAUCAGAAGGGGCCCAAAAAAAGGUCUUUUUUACCCAUUUUUAAUAAUGAAUUCGAUUACUUUUGCUCUUGCUAUCGCUCUCACUUUUACGCUGCUGCCCUUCCAUGUUGAAACCACUGCAUUGUUGCUAUGGUCACUUCUGUUUCUCAUGGUCACCUAUUCAAUGUCUGUUAUGCUCAUAUCACCAAAUGACAACGACCAGUGGAUUAUCGCGGCUGCAUGUUCAUUUGCUGCACUAUUCGGAGUUCAUGGAUUUUUUAUUUUUUCCAAGCUUACACAAGUUGCAGGAUCAAGGUGGAUACCAAUACCCUGUGUUACCAAUUUUAUUCGCCGGACACGUACUAGAGAUCUUAAAAGAUAUCAUAUGGAAAGGAAAGUGCGUCUAAGCAAAUACAAGAGUACUUGAUUUCAGAUCAGCACCAACAAUUACUCUUUUGUGUCUCAAAAAUAAUACCUACAGUUUUCUCUUCAGUUUAAAGUAUGU